CAGACCUUCGACGUAGUGGGAUUCGGGCAAACUCAAGUGCUGGAGACGGGGUGCGCCGUCACCGCGCUUUCUGCAUCGGGUUACGCCAUUCAUCCAGGGUCAUUCGGUUCACCGGGGUAACGAAAAUGAUGGCCACAUCACGGGCGCGCGUGCCUCCGUGUUCCUCAUGACCGACCGGCGGCAGCAGCAGCAGCAGCAUCUGCGUGCGGGUUUGGGUUUGUCUCUUUCCGGGCUGGCGUGGAACCGAUCCCACCGACCGUCUGGCGGAGCGUCUGCCAGGCUGAGUCACCACUGGAGUGUUUGAAGGGUCGUGAGAGAGAGAGAGAGUGAAAGUGAAGGAGGAGGCUGAGACGUUACAUCACAACGUGGAAGAGAAAGUGAGAGGAAGAGUGUGAGAGAACUGAGAGCAGAGCGAGGGAACAGGACAGAACCACCAACAGGAAGUCGCGCACUGGACUGACCCUUGAACUCUGACCUCGGAGCCAACAUGAACGACCAGAACGUAGUGAAAGAGGGAUGGGUGCAGAAAAGAGGUGAAUACAUUAAGAACUGGAGGCCGCGGUACUUCCUGUUAAAGACAGAUGGGUCGUUUAUUGGAUAUAAGGAGAAGCCACAAGAUGCCGAUCUGGCGUAUCCGCUCAACAACUUCUCUGUGGCCAAGUGUCAGCUGAUGAAGACGGAGCGACCCAAGCCCAACACCUUCAUCAUCAGGUGUCUGCAGUGGACCACUGUGAUCGAGCGCACCUUUCACGUGGACACCCCUGACGAGAGGGAUGAGUGGGUCGAGGCCAUUCAGAUGGUGGCAGACAAGCUGGCAAAACAGGAAGAGGAAGGAAUCCUGUGUAGCCCCAUCUCUCAGAUCGAAAACGUCAACGAGGAAGAAAUGGACACGUCCACCAGUCAUCACAAACGAAAGACAAUGAAUGACUUUGACUAUCUGAAGCUGCUGGGUAAAGGCACAUUUGGGAAGGUGAUUCUGGUGCGGGAGAAAGCCAGCGGCACAUAUUAUGCAAUGAAGAUCCUGAAAAAGGAGGUUAUUGUUGCUAAGGAUGAGGUUGCUCACACGCUCACCGAGAGCAGAGUUCUGAAGAACACUAGGCAUCCCUUUCUAACUUCACUGAAGUACUCGUUUCAGACGAAAGAUCGUUUAUGUUUUGUUAUGGAGUACGUGAAUGGAGGAGAGCUGUUUUUUCAUUUGUCGAGAGAGCGUGUAUUUUCGGAGGAUAGAACCCGCUUCUACGGCGCUGAGAUCGUUUCUGCGUUGGAUUACUUGCACUCUGCGAAGAUUGUUUACCGUGACCUGAAGCUGGAAAACCUGAUGUUGGAUAAGGACGGUCACAUAAAGAUCACUGAUUUCGGCCUGUGUAAGGAGGGCAUCACAGACACGGCCACCAUGAAAACAUUCUGCGGGACCCCGGAGUAUCUGGCCCCUGAGGUUUUGGAGGACAAUGAUUACGGGAGAGCGGUGGACUGGUGGGGUCUGGGAGUUGUUAUGUAUGAGAUGAUGUGUGGACGCUUGCCCUUUUAUAAUCAGGACCAUGAGAAGCUGUUUGAACUGAUUCUGAUGGAGGAGAUCAAGUUUCCCAGAACCCUCUCUGCAGACGCCAAGUCUUUACUGUCUGGAUUACUCAUUAAAGACCCCAAUAAGAGACUCGGAGGAGGUCCGGAUGAUGCGAAGGAAAUCAUGAGACACAGUUUCUUCACUGCGGUGGACUGGCAGGACGUCUAUGACAAAAAGCUGGUCCCGCCGUUCAUGCCGCAGGUCUCGUCUGAGACGGACACCAGGUAUUUCGACGAGGAGUUCACGGCGCAGACCAUCACCAUCACCCCUCCGGAGAAGUACGAUGAGGACGGGAUGGACUCGGCUGAUAGCGAACGGAGACCACAUUUCCCACAAUUCUCGUAUUCGGCCAGCGGGCGGGAGUGAUGUCAUCAAACAACACCGUUUAAGGAGCCACCCUAGAAAGAGCCCCCUCUCUCUCUGUCUCCUCCGUUUAAUUACCGAUAGUCAUAGCGAGUCGUUUUUGUUGCUUUCUGUUCGUUUUUUUUUUUGUUGUUUUGUUUUGUGGGACUUUAAAGGGGGUUUGCACAGUUGGGUGAGACUUGAGCUGGUCGACCCACGUAAAAAAGUCUUGUACACUUUCAGCUGCUUGUUUACAGAUCAUGGACAGUGUUUUUGGGGGAAUAUGAUCAGUAUUGUUAAAGACCUGGAGCGUUUUUUUUCUUUUGUUUUGUUUGUUUUGUUUUGCACUCAUUUAAAAGAGCCGUUGUGGGGAACAAACCAAAAAUGUUGCCUUAUGUGUGUGGAACUCAUCCGACAGACAUAUAGUUAGACGCAGCAGCUGAUCUGUUCCUGUGAGGCUCACUCGUUUCAUUUUGUUCUUGCAUUUUUGACACACACACACACAUCCCCCGUCUGAGGUGUUGAAGAGUUUCAUUCCUUGUUUGUGUUUUCGGUAAAUAAUGAAAACAAAGAAAAUGGGGAAAAAUGGACUCGAGUGUUGAUAUUUUCGUUUCUCUUUUAGUUUUAUCCUCACGCUCUGAUAUGAAGGUUUCAGUUCAAAUACACAACCAUACAACAAACUGUCCUUACUGUAAAAGUCUCUCAGGCAAUUCAGAGCACAAGUGUGAAUCUCAUGAAACCUCCCGAGUCAUAUUUCACUGCAAAACCAGAAAUAUUUAGAAAUUUAGCAUAUUUUUAGGAUCAUUGAGAUGUUUUGCAUUGCAGCAUUAUCUUCAUGAGUUUUCUCAGUUCUCUGACGCAACAAGUCUCUUUCUCUUUACAGAAAAAAUUAAAUGUCAUUAGUAGUAGUAUUAUUUUCACAAACCGUGUUUAAUCAUAAUAUAUCAAAUGUUAUUUAAAUUUAUAUAACAUUCAAAUGUGUUUCAUUAAUCUACUAAAUUGGUUAACAUGAACUAGCAAAGAAAAACAAAUCAACAGCAUUUAUUAAUCUUAGUUCAUCUUAAUUUUAACAUGUACUAUUACAUUGUUAAAAUGAAAAGUAGUAUUUGUUAACAUUAGUCAAUGCACUGUAACUAACAUGAACAACUAUUUUCAUGAACACUGAUAAAGAGUAUAAAAUGUUAGGUAAAAAUAAAUUGCUCACUGUCAGUUCAUGUUAGUUUAUACAUUAACUGAUGUUAAUCUUCUUGUGAAAUGUGCGGUAUAUGACUUGGAUCAUUCAAAUAAAUAUUUAGUAGUAUUAUUAUUUUAUUAAAUUAAUGAACCAAUCUGUAAUGUCCAGAUUUUUCUGAUUUUUCCCCCAUCAUGGAAAACGAAAAUUGAAUUACAUAAUUUUAUUAAAAAUAAUGUCACACUGCAAAAAUCUAAAUGGUCCUAUUUUUAAAAUCUAAAAUACAAUUUAUUAUUUUUAUCCAGCUGAUUUUUGUCCUGAAGUAUGACCUGCGUGUGUUUUUCGUGAGAUUCACUCACAAAUCCAGUGGUGAAACCUGCCCGGAUAUGACUCGAACCGCUUCGUCCUGAACGAGACGGCCCGCUUUAAACCUCCUCCGCUCUCCGAACCCCAGAAGCGUUCAGGACAGACGUGUGGAGGCUCACGAUGGGCGGCGUUUCACCUUCACUGUACAGAGCUACAGGUGUGUGUCUCCCUCAGCAGCACAGAGAGAGACCCCUCAACCACGGACCCUCACUUCUCACCACACAGAGACAAAACCUAACGUUGGACUGUUCCUGAAGAUGUAAAUACAAACCUCUCGCUCACCUUUUACCCGUAUUGUUACAUCACCAUUAUUAUCUCUUAUUUUUGGGCAUAAAGAAGUUACGAUCCUGUCUCCAUAGCUGUGGAAAUCUUAUGGACGUGUGAUGUCUGCGUUUGGAAUCAAUACCAAGUCAGAUCACAGACUCAUUAUAUUUGCAACUGAGCCAUGCAAUAGCAGUGUGAAUGACCUUUGACCCUUGACCCGUCCUGUCCCGGCCCUCCUGUGUGUGAUGUACAUAUGCAAUGCCUUCUGUUUGUUACGCGUCACAGCCUUGAGACAAGUUAUCGUGUGUGACUAAAGUGAAAAAAGAGACCGAAUCAUUGGAGGAACGUGUAUCAUGUGGGUGUUUCCAUGAACUUGCUAUGGUUUCAAUCCCAUCCUGUUUGUACCUGAUCCAGUGAACGUUUGGGAAGCUGCCGGUUCUUCACAGCGAAUGAUAUGAGUGUGUGAGAUUGUUCGUUAAACUUUCGGUUGUUGUUUUCAUGCUGUGAUGCAUUCGGUCGGCUGAUGAGAAAUCAUCAGCAGGUUUUCUAAUAUUGUUCCGAUGAUUUCAUUAAUUAUUAUAAUUUUUUUUUUUUUUAGUUUGUUUCAGCGUAUUUUUGUACUAUAGAUGUAAUUUAGUUGUAUUUAUUUUCGUAUGUUGGGAUGAAGGACGCUGUCGGCCGCGUUUAUUAAGUGCUCUCUCUCCCUCAUUAUUUUUUAUACCUUUCCUUUAGUCGUUUGCCUGUUUUGUUUUCAUACCAAAACAUUAGAGCAGGUGCCCUGUAGAGGACUUGCAUUGCCAUUUGGUAGUAUUUAUUUUAAGUUAUAUUAAAAUGUUCAAAUUUC